GUGACGUGGGUUGUGUGCGCUCUGGGUCACGUGCUGUGGGCGGAUAGAGGUAGGCGCUUGAAGGAGACAACAGAACGCUAAGAAAGUCCGAGGAGUUCAAACAUGGAGCCUGGGCGCUGUGUGAGUGUGUUGGUGUGUGUACUGCUUGCUCUGACCACUGCCAUGGCGGCAGACACAGAAUGCUCUCUCAUGAACAACACAAGCUGUGAUAAAUGCCUGCAGAAUGUCAAGUGCCUCUGGUGCAAUACAGAUUCUAAAUGCGUGGAAUAUCCAGUUAAGAAUGUCCUUCCUCCUUCCUCACUGUGUAAACUGCGGGAUGCCCGCUGGGGAGUUUGUUGGGUGAAUUUUGAAGCCAUGAUCAUCACUAUGUCAGUUAUUGGUGGAAGCCUUAUUCUCGGUCUGGUCAUUUGCUGUUGCUGCUGCUGCAGAAAGAAGAAGCCAAGAAACACUAGCCAGGAGGAUGAAAGAGAAAUACGAGAAAAGGAGCACAGACGAGCCCGUCAGGAAGAAAGGAGGACUGAAAUGAAGAGUCGCCAUGAUGAAAUAAGGAAGAAAUAUGGUUUAUUUAAAGAAGAUAACCCUUAUAACAAGUUUGAGAAUUAAUGUCCUGGACAUUGUCCCCAAUCUGUCGGCUGAAGCAAGGACAGCUGAAAGUGUUCUUUACAGAAUUAUUCCUGAUCUUUUGGCACCUUUAAAGCCAGUGAUGCAAGUUUAACCAAAAGCCGCUCCGUUAUGUAUCCAUAGCAAUAAUUUAACCACCUUGACCCAAAUCCUUCAAGCUUAACCAUUUUUCGGAACAUUUAUUUUUACCUUAGUAUUUUUUCUAACUGAUAAACACUAAACAAUUUCAUUCAUGUAUAGAAGUAGCCAUAUUGCUGCCAUUUGAAGUACUGUCCUAAUGACCUGCUGUUUUAGUGACACGGGAUGGACUUUGCUUUACAACACAUUACUAGAGCAGGUUAUUUCACUGGCAGAAUUUGCUAUCAGUCUUAUGCUGUACUCUUAUUUAUUCCUUCCAUUUAGUCUACCUUUAUUCCACACUUGAUAACUGCAUAUAUUCUGCCCUGCUAAAUUAUAAAAGAAGUCCUUGCACAGCAAAUAGUUAAAGCUUUUAGGGAUGACUAUAUUUGAAGACAUAAAGAAAGGUACAACAUAUAUAUUGGGCAAUGGUGUAUGUGUUGAUUGCUUAGUAAAGUAGGGGGCAGUUGACAUUCCCAUGUUGUUUAUAUACUGUGAACACGCAUAAUUGCUACCAUAUACAUUUUGAGGAGGACAAGAACCUGUGAAAAAUAUAGUGCUUAUUUCAGUUGCCAAAGAAACCUCAAAUAUUUUUUGAGAGCCUAUGUAUAUGCCUUAGUGAGAUUUAAUUGCUAGGGGAAAAAUGUGAACAAAUAUUCUAUAACAAGCUAAAAAGACCUGCAUUUUUAUGCUUAAAACACUCCUAGAAGACUGAAGUGUUUACGUAUAUAUAUUUAAUUAUACACACCUAUAUAUACUGCCAUAUCUUGGCCUCUUUCCUGGACAUAAAAAUACAAUUAAUUGCUUUAUUUUCAGAGCUAUAGUCAAACUAUAGAGGGUUAACUUUUCUAAGCAACACUUUCAACGCCCAUGACUCUAUGAAGAAUGAAAUGCCCCUGUAGAAGUGCCAUAGAUUAUUACAAUAACUAGUGCCUUUCACGAUUAUGAAUUAGAUUUUUUUUUUUUGCUUAAUAGCAUUUACGGAAAAUAGAUUUAUGUAUAAGUAAUGUUUACUCACCAUUUACUUUCCCUUUAACUAGAUGGUACAUGAUGAUGGCAUAUUUUAUUAUGCUCAUUUACAACUACCCUAUAUUGAUUUUUGCACCUUCAGAAAGCCACCACUUUAUAUUUGCUGUUUAUUAAGGGUCUAUAAAUGGAAAAUAUACACUACUUAUAAAUAGGGGUAGUAUUUCUCUUGAACGCAAAAGGUCUAUAUUCAUAAUAGUAACUAACAUUGUACAUAGGUGACUUUUUUUUUUCUGCAUCAUUUCUACAGUUAUUCGUUAUUGUAUCUUAAUCUGUUUUAUGGCAAAUUUUUUGUAUAAAUUAUCCAAUAAAACCUUUAAAAGGUA